AUGUGGCAAGUGCGCGCACCUGCUCACGACGGUAGCCCGUACCGGGUUGAGGUCUCCGUGAAUGGAACUUGCCUCAUUAUGGAACUCGACACGGGAGCAAGUGUGUCUGUCGUGUCGGAAGAGACCUUUCACCGCACAUUUCCGUCAUGUCGCCUGGAACCGUCAAGCGUCAUGCUGAAAGGUUACACCGGUGAGCUGUCCCCGGUGCAAGGCAGCCUGCCUUCCAUUGUACGACUAGGAAACCAUGAGGGCCGGGACGUGUUGUACGUCGUCCCAGGACACUGCCCGUCUCUGAUGGGACGUGGCUGGAUGAAAGGCCUCGGAAUUGAACUGCGCAAUGUGAUGGACGUUAAGGCUAUCACGUCGGUUGAGGGACUCGUCGCUGAGUAUGCGAGUGUUUUCGACGACGCCUUGGGAACAUUCAAGGGAGUAUCUGCGAAAAUAACAAUCGAAGAAAACGUGAAGCCGAGGUUCUUCAAGGCUCGUCCUGUUCCGUUCGCAAUGAUCGACCGCGUCAACGAGGAACUGAUGCGCAUGGAACGAGUUGGAGUGCUGCGUCCAGUUAAGACUUCAGAAUGGGCUGCACCUAUCGUGCCUAUCUUGAAGCGAAGUGGCCAGAUUCGGAUAUGUGGCGACUUCAAGGUCACUGUUAAUCCCGUGACAGUGCCUGAAAAUUACCCGAUACCACGCGUUGAAGACCUGUUUAGCCGUCUUAGCGUUGGCGAGAAGUUCAGCAAGUUGGACUUGAAGGAUGCGUAUUUGCAAGUUCAACUGGACGAGGCAUCCCGCAAGCUGGUGACAAUCAACACACCAAAAGGACUGUACCAAUACACACGUUUGCCUUUUGGCGUCACAUCUGCUCCUUCAAUUUUCCAGCGGGAGAUGGAAAACCUGCUACAAGGGCUCAGACACGUUGUGGUGUAUUUCGACGACGUUCUUGUGACUGGACGCGACGACCAGGACCAUCUAACAAACCUGGGCCUAGUCCUAAGCCGACUAAAGCAAGCUGGGCUAAAAUUGAAGCUUGAUAAAUGUACCUUCCUGGAACGGUUUCUGCCGGGGCUGUCUAGUGUGUUGCAUCCCUUGAACGAGCUGCUUGUGGCCAAGGUGCCUUGGGAGUGGCGUGAGGAUCACGAACGUGCUUUCCAAAGGAGCAAGGAGCUACUUGUUUCAGCAGCAGUGCUGCCGCAUUAUGACCCCAAGAAACCCGUGGUUCUUGUAUGCGAUGCGUCACCGUACGGCGUUGGCGCCGUUCUGGCCCAUAGGGAAGACUCGGGGGCUGAACGACCAAUCGUAUUCGCAUCACGAAGUCUCGCGCCAGCCGAGCUGAACUACAGUCAUCUCGACAAGGAGGCUCUUGCGCUCAUGUUUGGCGUAACAAAGUUCCGACAAUACCUCUGGGGACGCGAGUUCGAGGCUAUUACGGACCAUAAACCAUUACUGGGCUUGCUGGCUCCGGACAAGCGCGUGCCUGAGAUGUGUUCACCAUGUAUCAUGCGUUCGGCGCUGAUGCUUGGAGCAUAUAACUACAAGCUCAUGUACCGGCCGGGAGCAAGCAUUACCAACGUGGAAGGUUUGAGUCGCCUACCACUACCAGUGUACGCUCAACCUGUGGAGAGGCCAGCAGAAGUUUUCAUGCUGGAGGCUGCUUAUCCUCGGGUACUGCGGUCGACUGUAGUCGCGGAAGCUACGUCCAAGGACUCAACCUUAGCGAAGCUACGAGAUGCCUUAUGGUCUGGAGCUGAGCUACGUGACCCCGAGUUCAGGUUCUACGCAGAUCGAAAACUUCAGAUGAGCGUGCAAGAAGACUGUAUACUUCUCGGAUCGCGGGUGAUCAUCCCAAGUGCAUUGCAGCAAGAGGUGUUGCGACUCCUUCAUGAGGGGCACCCUGGAAUGACCAAGAUGAAGGCUAUCGCCAGGAGUCACGUCUGGUGGCCCUCGUUGGACGAGGACAUUACUGCUGCAGUUCGCCAGUGUCAGACGGUAGGUGUUGGCGGCGCCAUCAAGAACACCUGCGACCGAACUUCGCCCCAUUUAGUGCGCCUCCUGGACUGCCGCCUGCGCGACAGACUUCUUCACCGCCGCCACGGUUACCGCCUGUACAACAAGCUUCGUCAACCACGGAGUGCGUGCCGGAACGGGCGGGUGUGCAACCGGCUGUGCAACAAGUUCCGCUACCCAGCAAGUGUGAGUCGGAGCAACCGAAUCCCGAUGCUGAGCCGUGUCUUGAAACAUGCAGCGAAAGUGGAACAACAGUAG